AUGCCCACUCUCAACUUUUCUAGUAAACGCGCUGGCGAGACAGACAUCAUGGACGAGAGCGGUGAACAACGACUGUAUACCUCCAGAACGUUCAUUGCCGGCAACAUCAAGACUGCAAUCUAUAACCACCUAUUCUCUUCCGACGAGCUGGAGAUCGAAGGGAUGGACAUGAUUAACGCGGAGGGCUGUAUACAGAAGGAUGGUAGCAUGUCGACCUUCACUAUGCCUUCUGGGGAGGCGUUUAUAUGGAAGCCCGAAGCGAACGAAUUCAUGUUAUGUGACGCAAGCCAACAAGAAAUAGUGCGGGUCAAGCAACGCACCGUCAGCCUACGGUCUUCCCAUAGACGUCACAGAACGGCUUUGAUAGUUCAAGAAGACUCAAGGAACCUUGAUCAUGUCGUCGUCGUAUGUCUGUACUUCCUGUUACUCGAGGAAAGACGUGGCAUAUUUGGCGGGGUUUUUGGCGAAAGUAUGGGAACUCUAUUAGCUUCCAGAUGGGCAGCCCCUGGGUUUGGCUUUGGCAUGUCAUGA